ACGGUUUGGGGGGGUUACAUGUAGGGUGUUUUGAAUUGGGUUUUUGGGGGGAGGGGUAAUACAAAGCCUUGGCUUUGGGGUGAGGAGUGUGAGUGGGGUGUUGUUUUUUUUAGGGAUCAGCUCAGGGCAGCCAUUUAGGAGGCACAGGACAAAUCGGGGGUUCUUGAGGGGGUGCGAAGGUGAGCCGCCGUCAAGAUCCCGUAUCUGUAUUUUCUCUACUGCUGUCCUGAGGUUGCUGUUCAGGCGGGUAUUUUUGUGCCUGGAGUAGGGAUUUGGAGUGGCACUGGUUUUUUUCUUUAACUCAAGAGUGGGACAGGGUUUUGCUAUAGGUGGGGUAGUCUUUAGAUUUGGGGUUCCCUCCCCUCCAUCUUUUUUGACUCCCUCCAUUCUUUGAAGAAGGAAAGAGGACAAGGCACUACAGAAGAGACCUGUAUGCGUGCUGCCUUCUAUAACAAUUUUUUUUUCUGGCUUCGUUCCUGGAGGAGUUCUUUUUUCACACAUAAGUCUGCCUCUAGAUUUCCUAAAAGGAAAACGAAUAAAAAGGAACCCAUAAACGCACAUCGAACCUGCCUCUGGGAGGGAAAUAGCCAGGUGAAAACGCACUCUGUUUCCAUGGACAACCCGUCCAUUAUCACCCAGGUGACUAACCCCAAAGAGGAAGAAAUCCUGUCUUGCUCUCAGGAUAAAGUGUCCCAAUGUAAUCUCAGUUUGAAGAAGCAGAGGAGUCGAAGCAUCUUUAGCACUUUGUUCUGCUGCUUUCGUGACUACAAUGUUGAGCCACCAUCUACCAACAGCACCAGUGUCCUUCCUCCAUUGGUGGAAGAAAAUGGCGGACUUCAGAAGGGUGACCAGAUGCAGGUCAUUCCCAUACCAAGUCCACCAGCUAAAUACCUCCUGCCAGAAAUGACAAUAUCUGAUUAUGGAAAGAAAUGUGUGGUUAUUGAUCUAGAUGAAACACUGGUGCACAGUUCAUUUAAGCCAAUUAGCAAUGCAGAUUUCAUUGUUCCCGUUGAAAUUGAUGGAACUAUACAUCAGGUUUAUGUAUUAAAGCGGCCACACGUGGACGAGUUCCUCCAGAGGAUGGGAGAGCUCUUUGAAUGUGUGCUAUUCACAGCCAGUCUAGCAAAGUAUGCAGACCCAGUGGCAGACUUGUUGGAUCGCUGGGGCGUGUUCAGAGCUCGGCUCUUCAGAGAAUCCUGCGUUUUCCACAGAGGGAAUUACGUGAAGGAUCUAAGCCGGCUUGGGCGGGAGCUGAGCAAAGUUAUUAUAGUGGAUAACUCCCCUGCGUCUUACAUCUUCCAUCCUGAAAAUGCAGUGCCUGUGCAGUCGUGGUUUGAUGACAUGACAGACACAGAAUUGUUAGACCUCAUUCCUUUCUUUGAAGGACUAAGCAAAGAGGAGGAAGUCUACACUAUGCUCCAUAAACUCUGCAACAGGUAGCCCUGCAAGGCCACGCCUCUGCUUGACCGUAGCCGCUCCAGGACAGCCAAUCCCAGCGCAGCACCUCAGAGAGGCUGCUCGAGUUGUCAAGAGUAACGAUGCUCUCGAUCUCCCUCUUAACUUGCUGUGCACGAAGGACAAUCAUGAAUUGAUGCGACUUAAAUCAUGGGAAUAUUGAUGCCGUAAAAGCGACGAGACUACUUGGAGAGAAAGAAAAUUUAAAAAGAAGCCAUUUUGAAUGGGGACUGUUUUAAUGAAUUUCAUAAAUGGACACAAUUUACAGGAUCCACUUUUUUUCUUAAAAACAUGCCAAAUAUAUAUAUAUAUAUAUAUUGAAAGCUUGAUGUUUCAGCAAGUCGACUGGACCCUUUUCCCCCACCCAAACCCUCCUGCUAUGCAGACCAUUUUUCCCACCCUGCCCUGCUUAUAAGAGCAGUUGACCUGACUCUGAACUUGUCUUUCUUCCACGAUGAAGUGCCUUUUUGAAUGUUGUUUCCAGAUUUUAAAAAAGAGACAUUUUUGUAUCAAGGCGUAUUUCCAGGCAUCUUUUAGUCUUGUAUUGUUCAAAUGCUUUAAGAAGAA